ACAUAAACUUUCUUAGAGGCACCCCAAUAUGUGUACCUACACAGAUUAGUACCAAAGAUUGGCCCGCUUAACAGAGAUCUAACCACAUAGAUUAUUCUAAUUAAUUAUCCUGGGUGCGCUUAACAAUUAAUUUGGCGGAGCAGGGCUGGGGCAGACGAAAGUUUCCACUCGUCCGGAGGAAACAGGAGAAAAUAAACUGGCUGAUUCCUGCCCCCUCGAUCCAGAUCACGAUCGCGCCCGGGUUUCCAUGUCGCGCCAGCAGUGCUAGGAUUCACAGGGGGAGCCAUGGCGUCGACGGCCAGGGUGAGCAUCAAGUACGCGUCGGCGCUCCACCGGAGGACGCACAGGGUGACCUCCGCGCUGGCGCACGCGGCGCUGGAGUGGACCCUCAUCGCACUGCUGCUCAUCAAACGGCCUCCUCUCCCACGCCGUCGCGCGCUUCGCGGCCUACUUCGGCCUCAGCCCGCCCUGCCUCCUCUGCGCCCGCGUCGACCGGCUCUUCGGGGCGGCGCACGAGGACGAUGACGAGGCGGCGGGCGACGCGCGGUGGCUGCGGGGUGUGCUCUGCGGCGCCCACGCGGCCGAGAUCUCCGGGAUGGGGUACUGCCUCCGCCACGGCUGGCUCGUCGCCGAGGCCACCGACAUGUGCGAGGGGUGCCUGUCUUCUUGGAACAAGAAAGAGAGCAGAGACGGUGCAGGAGAGACCACGGUGUGCUCCUACUGCAAAGCUCUUGUGGAGGGAAUUCCUUCGCGCGCCUACACAUCCGAGGGAAGAUCCUCCUGCUGUACACGAGAAGACAGCCGGAGAGAAGGAAGUAGCAGAUGUGCGAAGAAGGACUGUUGCAGCAGGUGCCAGGUGGUGUGCACCUCUUUCACUGAACUUUGGGUCACCGAGCAUGAUGCACCUAGAAGAAAAGAAAGGAGAAAUUAUUUGGGAGUAUCGGAUUGAUAAAGCAAGUGUUGAUAGUAGUGGAGAUUAGCUAAGGCCACCUAGAAAAUAUUUUCUUCUAGAUAUUUUUAUAGUCCUCAUUUAUAUAAUCUCUAACAACACUUCGGUGUUACAACUAUGUAACUUAUUUAUUAUAUGAAUUUGAUUUAAGAAAAUAGACUGAAGCAUUGAGUAACCAGACCUCACUAUAUUUUUAUGAUUUUCUGAAUUUUAAGUACAUUUGAUUAUUAGUAGGGGUCGUGCAUUGCUUUCGACAAGUGCUGCAGUACAACCACCGAGCACAAUGGAGUAAUAAUAAUGCCUAGAGACGUCUCCAUAUACUCUCGCUUAGUAUAAGGUCAAUAUUGACUGCCAUUUAACGGAUAACAUCUAACAUUAUACAAGUAUAGUGAUAUAUCAUGUUGGAGGAAAGUCGUGUGUGACUGCAGUGUUCUAAAGAAACUAUUUUACAUAUACAGAGUAGAAUUUCUUCAGACGCGCGUGCGCGUGCAUUACU